CAAGGGUCUGCUAAUACAACUUCAGAAAGAUGGCGUCGAGCCGAGUAGCUGGGCUCGGUUCCGUCAGUCGCGUAGAGAGUCCGUCCACAAAUCAACGUGGCACGCGACGAUCUCUAGCGUGGCAUGUCUCGUAAAUACAUGGAUCGAUGGCUUGCGUGUCCCGUAGUCGUACAAGGCUGGUGCAAAUUUACCCGAAUACACAUCUGAUUGCCUAGAGUAUGGGGGGGUAUUCAUCAGCGCCGCAUUUCCCUCAACAUUCUAUGGUCCCGUCGUCGUCUUGCUAUCGUGGCAAAAACCUGGGAUACUGACUUUAUGGCAGUGGAAGUCAAUCCCCCGCCGUAUCGCAUCACGGCGGAUGACAAGGGCGGCCUCCUUGUCGUUACUGCCGCGGUGACGAUGUGUUAUGUGUGGAUUUGUUUCUUUAUUCGAAUUUGGUUGCGCCUGCAGACCAAGGAGUGGAAGUCUGACGACUGGUGGUUGACGACGGCAACGUUUCUACAAAGUUUACAGUCAGCACUUGUGUUUCACGGAGCCAGCUUAGGCUUGGGAGCUUCGCUGCAAGGCGUACCUUUGUCGAUACACAAGCAAUUGGGCAGGACCGCUUUCGCCGCGCAAAUCCUCUACGUUGCCACGCUGUUCGCUUCGAAAUGUUCGGUGUUGUUCCUUUACCUCAGGAUCUCGCCGGGACGCUCGCACAAGAUUUCAUCAUGGACAUUGCUGUCAGCGUCCUGUAUAUGGAUCGUCAUCGCCAUUACGCUCAUUUCUGUACCAUGUAAUCCAUAUGGAUGGACAGUGGGAGAUAAGACUUGUACAAAUUUGUGGCCAAAAUGGCAAGCCAUCUCCGCUCUGGAUAUCGUGACCGAAGUCUUCAUAUUCGCCAUCGCGGUGCAGUUAGUUUGGAACCUGAAGAUGCGAACGAAAUCCAAACUCCUGGUAGUCCUCGCUUUUUCCGCCCGACUUCCUGUCAUCGCGUUGGCCACUGCGCGACUGCACUACAUUAAACAAGCAUUCGUCUACGCCGACACAACUUACAUUUACUUGGUGGCAACGCAAUGGCAUAUGGCUUACGCCACCAUGUCGUCCACGAUCACUGGAAUGGGCCCGUUCCUGCGACCGUUCCACACGGAAUACAUGACAAGCUACAAGAUGUCUGGAUAUGCACAGCAUGGAUCCUCAAAAGACCCCAGUUCAUCCACUCAGGGCUCACACUUGCGAUCAGGAAAAUCCUGGCCACUUCAAAGCUACCAAAUGAACACAAUCGAUCAAUCGCACCCGGAUAGCAAUACUCAGCUUUCGUCAGUGUCACACUCGCCAAGUUCAUCACGGAAUGCGAAUAUGGCAGGCCCUACGUUCCGACCCCCCAACGAAAUGUUGAUUGGCGGCAUCGAGAUCUGGGUAGGAAACCGAACUUCGAGAGACGAGGAGGAUCUGGAGGCGAUGAGCGAUGAGACACGACUCGUCAUCACAAAGAGAACAGAGUUGAAAGUCGAAACGGACCGAGCAAGUCAUGUUGUAUGAAUUCGUGGGUCAUGUAGGCGUUGGAAGGCGGACCGAUACCCCUGGAGUUUAUGUUGAAUUUAACAUUUGGAUAUUAAGAGAUUAAUGAAUUUCUCAUGGUUGAGAUUGCGAUGCAGAUCGUAAACUAAAUACAUCUAUUUAUUCCUCACUGGUCAGUCGACUCUUUACACAG